UCUUUUUAUUAUAAUAUUUUACUUUUCACUUUAAACCCUGAUGACGGUACGAUUACAACAACAGCCACGGUCAAAGAAGAUAAUAAAGCCACCAAAACAUGACCGGUUCGCUCACAUUCAACCUCAAGGGAGUUGGGAGAUUCCACGCAAGACAUUUCAUUAUUCUAUUGGGUUUCUUGUACUGUAUUUAUUCAAGAAUGGAUUUGACUCCGCGGACACAUACCCUGCCCUGGUGGCAUUUUUGAGCAUUGUACUGGCUACGGAAGCUCUACGGUUUUCUUGGGACAGUUUCAACGUUUUGUACUGCAGAGUAAUGGGUUCGUUAAUGCGCAAAAGUGAGGUCAAGUCACGCAUCAAUGGUACGGCCUAUUAUCUGGUUGGCGUUCUCAUUGCAUUGUACGUCUUUCCCAAGGAUAUCGCAUCCUUAUCGAUCAUCUAUCUCUCGUGGGCGGAUCCAACAGCGAGCAUAUGCGGCCGUUUGUGGGGCAAGUAUACACCAAAGUACGGCAAUAAGUCGUUGGCAGGAACGCUGGGUGCAAUGGUAGUGGGUGCGCUUGUGACCUACUACUUCUUUUCCCAGUUCCUGACCGAGUCGUAUGACCCAGUCUCGAGCGACAUCCCAACCUAUGCACUGGCGUUAUACGGAGGUCUUGUGGCAGGAUUAUCGGAAGCUCUUGGGGACAGUGCUGGAUUAGACGACAAUCUUAUAAUCCCUGUUGCGAGCUCCAUAUUUCUCUGGGUCCCGUUGGUGUUUUUCGAACUGUAGUAAUCGAAGAGUAGCUUAUUCUCCCUUCCAUCUCACACGUCAUAUAUACACGCAUUCUCUUUCUCUCUCAUACACACAAAUUAGACAAUUGUCGUAUUAUGUAUCAUACACACACAAAUACUCAUUGCUGCAUUUAUCGUUCAUGUUUUUCUUGUUCUCUUU